CAGCAGUCACCUGUCUGAACCUUCAGAAGACCUCGAGAUCAAAUCUCUUCGAGAUAAAUUGUCGAACUGGGCUGUUGCAUUUAAUAUUUCAUGCUCGGCUUUAAAUGAGCUUCUUAAAAUCUUGCGGCAUAUAUCACCUGAUUUGCCGUGGGAUUCCAGAACUUUAAAAAAAACACCUAAAGACAGUUUUUGUGUCCCAAUGAAUGGCGGCGAAUAUAUUCAUUAUGGAAUCGCUGAUUGUUUGACCGAUUUUUUUGAAAACUUUUCUUUUAAUGAAAAGGCAUUACAUAUUAAUAUAAAUAUUGAUGGAUUACCUCUCUUUAAAAGUUCCAACAUACAGGCAUGGCCGAUUUUAAUAAAUGUUGACAGAACUUCCCCUGUAUUGCUAGCAGGCGUCUAUUGUGGAGAGAGCAAGCCAAAAGAUAUUAAUGAAUACCUUAAUUUAUUUAUUUCUGAACUUUCUUCUCUUAUUUCUUCUGGUUUUUUAUACAAAUCCUAUCAUUUCGAAGUCAAGGUUAGAGCCUUUAUUUGCGACUCGCCCGCUAGAGCUUUUGUUCUUGGAAAUAAAGGCCAUAGCGCCUAUUUUGGUUGCCACAAGUGUCAUCAACGUGGUGAGAACUUCCAAAGAAGAAUAAUAUAUCAACUUCAAGAAAGUUUACCAAGAACAGACGACCAAUUUAGAAAUAGAUCACAAGUCGAACACCAUAACAUUCUGCUUCCACUUAAAAUUGAAGAGCUUCCAAUAGACAUAGUCCGCCAAUUCCCAUUCGAUUAUAUGCAUACAGUUUGCCUCGGGGUAGUGAAAAGUAUGUUGAAUGGAUGGAUAAAAAUUAGAAGCCAGAACUACUCCCUAAAUAAAGAAAAAAUAGAUUAUUUAAAUAACCUGUUCAUGUCUUUAAAGACAGAUAUAUGUAAGGAAUUUGCCAGAAAACCCAGAAGUAUGUUGGAUAUGGAUAGGUGGAAAGCCGUUGAGUUUAGGCAAUUCCUACUAUAUACUGGACCAGUAGUUUUAAAAGGAGUUUUAACUGAAAGCAGAUAUGAACAUUUUAUGCAAUUAAGCAUUGCUAUAAGAAUUCUGCUCAGUGAUGAAUAUUGCUUAAGUAAAAAUGUGUGCGCUAGAGAAUUGAUUCGUAGCUUUAUAAGCAAAUUGCCAGAGCUUUAUGAUGCAACUUUUCUUAAAUAUAAUUUUCAUUGUUUAUCGCACUUGGCAGAUGAAUGUAUUUUUUACCAAUCCAAUUUACAUUCUUUUAGUGCUUUUAAAUAUGAAAGUUAUUUAUGCAAUGUAAAGAAAAUGGUUAGAAAGGGAACACAAGUUGCUACACAGAUAUAUAAUCGUCUUGUAGAGCAGAGUAUGAAUAGCACGUUAAGAAGAGAUUCGAAAUCAAAAGUUUUAAAAAGAUGUGUGGAUGGAGAUAUUUCCUCAAUUCAAAACAAAAGCAUAUAUAUGUCCAUAAAUGCUCCAGACCACGUAUACAUUGUAGAUUCUAGGGUUUUUAAAAUUAAUAAUUUUGUGGAAGAAAACAACGAAGUAUUUGUAAAAUCAAAUGAAAUUUUACUUAAUGAAGACCUUUUUACGUUACCUCUACAAUCAAGACUUUUAGGCAUACAAUUAUCCCAAUCAUUAGUAAUUAGUGACAUACCAAUAGUUCACAAAGUAGCAGACGUUACACGAAAAGCUAUUAUUUUUAAUCUUUCGACACCAGCGUGCAUAAUCGUUAUCCCUUUAAUACAUAAUGAAUGAUUUCACUGACCAAUUUUUGAGCAAUGGCACGCAUUCAGCUGAAUCAACUUUGGCGAAUGAAGUUGCCUAUACCCAGCUAACUUCUAGCUAUGCGAAUCCAUCCACAUCAAAUAUGUUGCAGCAGAUUUACGACCAACUGCAAAAAUUAAACAAAAAUGUAGAAGAUCUUAAUGAACGCGUAAUUAAAUUGGAAGCUGAUAACACUAUCAUUCAAACUCGAAUUUUAACGGAAGUGAUAGCACAACGAAAGCUUGUUCAAGGAAAUAAGCCUCGUAUGUUGCUACCACCAAAAUCCUUCAAUAAAAUGGAAGAGAUAGAAAAAUUUGAAGAGGAAUUAAAUAAUUCAGCAGAAUUGUGUGAACAGCUGGAUGCUGAAAUCAAAAAUUACAACAUUUCUGAUCCUGCCAAAUUUUUGCGCACAAUGUGGAAGAAAAUUUUUUCGGAUGAGAUUGCUCUUAAGUAUUCGUGGAAGGGGACUCACACUAAAAAGUGUGUUCUGAGCAUGGCGAUAACGACAGCCAUGAGAAGUAAUAAUUUUUGCACUUUAAAUAUUUGA